CUCCAGGAUGCUGCGCCUGUGGCUCCCCGGAGGCUCCUGCGUGGCAGCCCUGACAGUGACCCUGAUGGUGCUGAGACCUCCCCUGGCUUCGACCAGGGACACGCGACCGCGUUUCUUGGAGCAGAUAAAGAGCGAGUGCCACUUCUCCAACGGGUCGGCGCACCUUCGGUACCUGCAGAGGUACAUCUACAACCAGGAGGAGUUCGUGCGCUUCGACGGCGACCUGGGCGAGUUCCAGGCGGUGACCGAGCUGGGGCGGUCCAGUGCCCAGUACUUGAACAGGAAGAAGGAGAUCGUGGAGGACGCGCGCGCCGCGGGGGCCAGGUGCCGGCACAACUACCAGGCCGUGCAGAAGUUCACCGUGCAGCGGAGAGUUCAGCCCAAGGUGACCGUGUACCCCACAAAGACCCAGCCCCUGCCCCACCACAACCUCCUGGUCUGCUCUGUGAGCGGCUUCUACCCAGGCCAUGUUGAAGUCAGAUGGUUCCGGAACGGCCAGGAGGAGGAGGCCGGGGUGGUGUCCACAGGCCUGAUCCAGAACGGAGACUGGACCUUCCAGACCCUGGUCAUGCUGGAAGCUGUUCCUCAGAGCGGAGAGGUCUAUGCCUGCCAGGUGGAGCACCCGAGCUGGAGCAGCCCUGUCACCGUGGAGUGGAGGGCUCAGUCAGGAUCUGCUCAGAGCAAGAUGCUGAGUGGAGUCGGGGGCUUCGUGCUGGGGCUGCUCUUCCUCGGCUCGGGGCUGUUCAUCUACUCCAGGAACCAGAAGGGACACUCUGGAGUUCAACCAACAGGACUCCUGAGCUAAGGAGGUGGUGACAUCCCUG